AUGACGAAGAAUAAUCUUGAAGUGCAUCUUAAAUGGCUCUUAGACCGAGAUCCAUCAUCCUACCUUUCGCCGUCUACUCAAGCUCUUCCAAUUCGAACCGAGCGCGUCUCCCAACAACCCACUCCACCCUCCGACGAGACCGAGUUCUUGGAUGCGAUUAUUGAGGACGCCGACGAUGUAACAAACGACGAAAUGGCGCGACUGCAGGUUUCCUUAUCAGCCAGGAAGCUUCGGUUACCUGGCAAUACUGAUACAUGGAAAGAUGAACCACCUUCCACUUCCAAGAAGGCGGCCUCGAUAAACAAUUUUGCUUCCGGUUCCGGGCUAGAACCACCACAACCUUCUUUUACGAACAAACGACCUAAAUCAACCCCACUUCGUGCCAAGCUUGAAACAUCGUCCUUUGAACGUUUUAUUCCUGUAAACACUGAUUUUGGAGGACCGCGUCGACUAUGGAAUGAGGAAACCGCGACACGUAAAUCACCUGCAGAGAAGCGUGGGAAGAAGCGGAAGAGCGAUGAGUACACAUCCGACCUGCUUUCGCCAUCAAAACAUGCUACUAAAUUACGAAACUCCUCGAAGGCAGCGAGGCCAAUUUCUAGUCCUCUCAAGACUUACAAUAAUCUUAAAGAGCAGAAGAAUGAUCUUUCGACACCCAAAGAGAGCACCAAUAACAGAGAGAUUGCCGAUUCUGACGAUGAUCCAUUUGAUGACUGGGUGGAUGGUGAUAUGGAUGAUAUGAUCAUUGAUGAUGACGCCGGGCUGUACCCCAAACUGCCCAACCUUAGUCCAGCAGAUAAUGAGAUGAAACAACGCCCUGUGAAGCCAAUACCCGAGCAUUCGCCAACUCGGGUGCCAGCGAAAAGUAGUGUCAAACCCAAGACUACCAAACCAAAAGAAACAGAGGCUCCGCGACCAUCACCUCGUGUUAGUGUUCCCAGCUCUCAGCCGAGGGAUGAGACUGUCAUGAAUUUUGUGGCUAUUUCACCGUCAACUUUGAAAAAAUCCAUCCUGGAAUUACAGAAGAAUGUACAGAAAAACUCAGAGAUCGUUUACAACGAGGCGAUGGAAGGCCGACAAGCUCCAGAUCUGGUAGCUGAGAAUAAGAACCUCGUUGCCCGAAUCCAAGCCAUUGAAGGUUUGCAGUCCCAGCAAGCGGCUUACAACAGUUGCGCUUCGCGAAAAGAAAAGUUGAAACAGAGUCUCAUGCAAGCCAUCUCCCAAGGUGUUGACCCAACAAGCAUGCCGGGCGAGCUCUCUAAAAGUCGAGCAGUUGAGGCGGAGUUGGAGCAAAUUCAAACAAAGAUUCGCGAACUUCUUCCCCAAGCAAGAAUCUUUGAUUUGAUCGGGUGCCCUGAAUUUGACUCGGCGAGCGCUCAUUCGCAGUCUCGACCCAUCGAUAGACCACAAUCUUCUUGGAGUCAGCAAACGUCAUUCAAUGACACAAGUAUCCCCAAUGAAAACUUCCCUUCUCGAAAUGACAAGCAGGCGGAUGUCAAUACCCAGGGUAACGAGGCACGAGUGUCUCGGAACAUGGGCUCGCCGGCUAUGGACUUCGAUGACUUCGAUUGGAAUGAUAGCGACGACGAAAUGCUCGAGGCUUCUGCCAGUUUCAAUGAAAGUGUGCCAGUCUCUCUUAAUAAUCAGAACCCUCAGGAGCGAUCAGUCUUUGCGGAAACUUCUGGAAAUGCUUCCCGAAUGCAGCCACCAAAGAAAUCACCCGUUCGAAGCAAUUUUUGGUCUAAUCACCCAUGGUCUCAUGAGGUCAGAACUGUAUUGAAGGAUAGAUUCCAUCUGCGCGGUUUUCGCUCAAACCAGCUAGAGGCCAUUGAUGCAACUCUCGGUGGAAAAGAUACCUUCAUUCUGAUGCCAACUGGCGGAGGAAAAUCACUUUGUUAUCAGCUUCCAUCCAUUGUGUCAAGUGGCAAAACGAGGGGUGUAACAAUUGUGGUUUCCCCUUUACUGAGUCUGAUGGAGGAUCAAGUCUACCAUUUGAAACAGCUUAACAUCAAGGCUUUCUUGAUGAAUGGGGACACCGACAAGGCUGAACGAGCAUGGAUCCUUGACCAAUUAUCAAGCCAAGGCGGAGAAGCGAUGGAAUUGCUGUAUAUCACACCAGAGAUGCUCAGCAAGAACCUGACACUUAUCAAAGCGUUUGAGAAACUUCACCGCCGCAAUCGAAUCGCGCGCUUGGUCAUUGAUGAGGCUCACUGUGUGAGUCAAUGGGGUCAUGACUUCCGACCAGACUACAAAGAACUCGGUGAAGUUCGAGCGAGAUUUCCCGGCGUACCAGUCAUGGCUUUGACUGCUACUGCCACGGAGAAUGUAAAGGUGGAUGUCAUGCAUAACUUGAAAAUUCGAGGUUGUGAAGUAUUCUUGCAGAGCUUCAAUCGUCCUAACCUUACCUAUGAAGUCCGACCAAAGGGCAAGAAUGAUGCAGUAUUGGCAAACAUCGCUGAGACAAUUAAAAGCUCAUAUCGAAACCAGUGCGGCAUCGUUUACUGUCUAUCUCGCAAGACCUGUGAAGAUGUGGCAGAAAAGCUUUGCAAAGUGUACGGUAUCAAGGCUGCUCAUUAUCAUGCUAAGAUGCCAACGAAAAACAAAGCCGACGUACAGAAGGCAUGGCAAAUGGGACUGACCCAUGUUAUUGUUGCCACCAUUGCCUUUGGAAUGGGAAUUGACAAACCGGAUGUACGCUUCGUGUUUCAUCACAGUAUUCCCAAGAGUCUUGAGGGGUACUACCAAGAGACUGGCCGCGCUGGUCGAGAUGGCAAACGAUCCGGCUGCUACCUCUUUUAUGGCUACAAGGACACCACUACGCUCAAACGAAUGAUUGAUAAAGGCGAUGGUAGCUUUGAACAAAAAUCUCGCCAAAAGCUGAUGCUUAGAAACGUUGUCCAGUUCUGUGAGAAUCGCAGUGAUUGCAGGCGUGUACAAGUACUUGCUUAUUUCAACGAGCAGUUCCGCCGAGAAGACUGUAACAAGACGUGUGACAAUUGCAAGUCUGACGGUAAAUUCGAGGAUCAUGACUUCUCUGAAUACGCCUCAUGGGCUGUGAAAAUUGUGCGACAUUUCUGCGCCCUGAAACAGAACGUGACUGUGCUGUAUUGUGCGGAUGUUCUUCGCGGUGACUUGAAAAGACCCAAGUCACCCUCACAUCGCCAAGCUCCAGGAUAUGGGAAGGGGGCAGCACUUGAUAGAGGAGAAGUGGAACGGAUGUUCUACAGGUUGCUGGGCGAAGACGCUUUGGCCGAAGACAAUGUCAUUAACGGGAAGGAUUUCGCUGUUCAGUAUAUCAUACCCGGCCGUUGCGCCGCGGAGUUCGAAACUGGAAAGCGGCAAAUGAAGCUUCAAGUACGCGUAUCUCCGAAUGGCAAAUCUCAAGGUUCAAAACCAGGGACCGCAAAGACUGGUAGUCAAGCAUAUCCCCAGUCUACAAUGGUCUCUUCCCCCAUCCAAUCUGCCAAUGAGCGCCGUCAAGCCCGGAGCCAGCAACGUGGCGUGCGCCUGAACUUUUCAAACGACUCAGACGAGAGUGACGGAUUUGAACCAAUUCGGGUUCCUGGCAAGCAGAAGCAACAAAAUGGCCAUGAGCUUGGCCCACCAAUUACUACAGAUCAAAAGAUGGACCGACUCAAUCACCUUCACCGUGCUGUUGUCGAGGAUUUCGAAGUCACUGCUAAGAGAUACCUCCAAGAGAUUGUUGUUGAGAAAGGUCUUCGUGCCCAGCCAUUCCCAGAUCAUCUUUUGCGCGACAUGGCUAUUUCUUUCCCAAAGAAUCUGUCGGAACUUGCAGCGCUGCCAGGCAUUGACCAAGACAAAGUCAAACGAUAUGGUCGCCAGAUACUGAGACUGGUAGAUAAUGCAAAGAGACGCUAUCACGAAUUGACAGAAGAAGCUGAGUCGAAUGGGGUUGUGCCUGACCCUAACCAUCACAAUGUCAUCAACCUCAGCAGUAGUGAUGAAUACAGCGACGGUGACGAUCUUUUUGAUGAUCCGGUAUCUGCUUUUGGCCUCGAUGGCGCCUCAGACGCCCCAGCGGACCUCACAAGCAGAUAUUUCCCUCCCCCACCAUCCCCGGGCUUCGAUCCAUCUGGUGACUUUGACCCUGGGCUAUCGACCUCUGGUUCCAGAGGACACAAACGUCCAUACACAAAGAAGGCACCACGUCGAAAGAAUGGUGGCUCUGGUAGCUGGAAAGCCAAAGGUGCCAGAGCCAAGACCAAUACAGGUAGUCGAGCACCUCGGUCUUCUGCCGCCCCUCGAAAAACCACAUCGAAAGCCAAGACCUCGAAAUCUACGAUUGGAAUGAUGCCUAUUUGA